AUGAAUAUCGAGGACUCCAAGUAUGAAAACAUAUCUUAUCUUCCUAUGGGCCCGUUCGUCCAGCAAAUCGACAACAACUACACAAGCCAAUCCCUUUCUUACCAAGAUGCCAACUUGGCUUCAUGCCGCUUCCUGGGGAAACUCCGCUCCCGUCUGCAAAAGCCCAUCCGAAUCACAUACUUCCCCGAUAUUGAAGUACUACUAAUAAAAGCCCCCAUUCUGGCCCUUGAAACAGUCCCGCAAUCACAAUUAAUGAGACCUCAACAGUUUCAUAUCAAACCAGGCUUCCAUCUUCCUCACUGGUGGUUCAUGGAGCGCGUCUCCCCCGUCGCCAAGCCGCCGUCGCUGCUGAUAUCGCGGGGUUGUCUCUUGUCUCCUCGCGCCCCCGUCAUCUACAAGGGCGAGACGGUUACAUUCGCGAAUGUUUUGGCCGCCCCAGCUACUAAGGGUCCGGUUCUCCUGAGGGUACACACAAGGACCAGUGGGAUGUUCCUGUCCCGCAGCAGGUCGGGAUCGCGGAGUGGGCUUCGGCAUAAUUCGUGGAUCUGCCUGCGGCAGUUUCAUGCCGUUGGUAUUGGCCUCGACUGGGCGUUAGACAUGGAACAUAGGACCAGCGAGCUGGCCAUAGUCACUGUUCCUAGGCUGGGUUUGCUGCUGCUCAUUGGUUUUGUCCGUCUGCCCAAUAGCAAGGGGAUGCGCCUGCAGCCGGAUAAUACCCUCAAAGUGUUCUUCGAUACGGAGAAUCUCAGCCCGGAUUCCGCGUGGUCGGCAGUCGUUACCGACAGCAUCAGUUUCACACCCCUCCGGAGCCUAUACUAUCAGCAUCACCCGUCCGUGAGACAGGGAAGGGCGCGCCUGGAGGACACUUCCCGCCGAGUUGGAACCCCGCGCCAUCCCAUUCGAGGCCCUGGAUGA